AUGUAUGCUUGUGUUGGCUUAUGGUGUCAAUUUUUCCUUAUCGUUUAUGCGUCAACCGAAAUGUGCAGUCUAAUGAAACUCGCCACUCGAUCUGCCGAGGAGAUGUUCUCGUUGUUUAUAGCGAUUGCCUUCACAUUCGAAAGUAUACGUGCGAUUCACACA